AUGAAGACAUGCGCUCCUGAUUCCAGCUGUCUUUUUCGGAUUCAUUUUGCUUAUGUUAGGGUGUUUUUGCCGUGUCAUUACGAGAUGUUGUUCUCCGUUCUUUGCAAUCGAUGUUUCAAAUGUUCCAGAGUAGAAUCAAAUGCUAGAGAAAGACAGUCAUGGCUGUUUGCAGAUCAUGAUACGCAAACGGAAUUGAAUGCUCGGGAGAGGGUCUGUGCACGUGAUCUGGUGCUAAAACGACGGGUGGUAAAUACACCCCGAUUACACUCUCAACGCGGUCUAGUUACGCUCGCACCUCGUGUCUGCACGUUAUGUACAGAAUCGAGGGCGUUUGGGAGUGGCACAUCUUGGCUUCUUCUUUCUCACCGCAUGACAUCACUUUUUACUAAAGUGUCAUAUUUGAAAUUAGACACCUGGCGCCAGCGAGAAACAACCAUCUUCGCCAAAUGA